UCAAGAAAUACAAGACCAUGGCAACUAAGCUCCUCGUCCUCGCCGCCACCCUCGCCUUCGCAAGAGCCGGCCUCGUGCAGCACGGCCAGUCGGCCUACUCCAGCGUCCAGCAGCACCCCGUCCCCGCGCCGGCCGCCGUCGCGGUCGCCGCGCCCGUCGUCGCCGCCGCCCCCGUCGUGCAGACGCGCGUCGAGCCCUACGACCCCCACCCCCAGUACAACUUCGCCUACGCCGUCAACGACCAGCACACCGGCGACUCGAAGAGCCAGCACGAGACCCGGAACGGGGACGUGGUCCACGGGCAGUACAGCCUGACCGACCCGGACGGGUCUCGGCGCGUCGUCGAUUACAGUGCGGGACCUCACACCGGCUUCAACGCCGUGGUCCAGAGGACGGGGGCGCACGCCGCCGCCGCCCCCCUGCAAGUCGGCAACUAA